AUGCUUAAAAUAUGGUCCAUGAAAAAAGAGCAACAGAAGGCGGAAAAUGCUGAAGGCGCGGCGGGAAAGAAGAAGAAGGUGACAGCAGCUCAACUUCGAGUGCAGAAGGACCUCUCGGAGCUGUCCCUUGGAUCGACCAUGAAGACCGAGUUCCCCGACCCAGACGACAUCCUCAACUUUAUCCUUACGAUAGAGCCUGACGAGGGCAUGUACCGAGGCGGCACCUUUACAUUUACGUUUGCUAUCAACCAGAACUUCCCGCACGAGCCUCCCAAGGUGCGAUGCCGCGAAAAGAUCUACCACCCAAAUAUUGAUCUCGAGGGCAAGGUGUGCCUCAACAUUCUGCGAGAAGACUGGAAGCCUGUUCUCAAUCUCAAUGCGGUUAUUGUAGGACUGCAGUUUUUGUUCCUCGAACCCAACGCAUCCGAUCCACUGAACAAGGAGGCCGCCGACGACUUGAGGCAGACAAGGGAAAUGUUCAAGCGAAACGUGAGAACAUCGAUGAAUGGAGGAUCUGUUAAGGGUACCACCUACGACCGGGUACUAAAAUAA